AUGGCGACACUUGACUGCCUGCUCCACCCUCACCACAUUUCGCUGGUUGACACACACUCAUUGCGUGCCAAGCUCCACCAUGUGGGUGACGCCUACUACAACGUGGACGGGUUGCCCUCGCAUCGUGGAGUACUCGCUCCAAAGUUCGAUGUUUUCGAAUUAGAUGGGGACUCAGCAGGGUGGCUCCUGGUUGGCGACCUGCCAGGAAUCGAUUCUGCGGAUGCUAUAAAGAUCGAGUGGCUGGACGGUAGCACCGUCUUCCUUCGCGGAACAAUUACGACGUCUUCAAUACCGACUUUUGGUGAAGCUGGAAGCAGGAUCAUGAAGACUGUUCACAAAGAGAGACAUGAAGGGCUCUUUGAGCGCUCUGUUACGUUGCCUGGAAAGGCCGACAUCAAGGGGACGAAGGUAGAGGUUAGGAGCGGAGUUGUCUUUGUGAGAAUCCCGAAACAGGCUGGGGCAGAGGCUGUGUGA